CACAACCACUUUACCGCACAUAACAGAAAGCUACAGAGACUGACCUAUAAAGUCUUUGGGAUUCACACUCAUCCAGUGCCUCGGAGAUGGGAAAACGUGCUCUUUCGGGACCGGCGGAGACCCGCAAAUCACGGAUCUGAUAAUGCAGAGCGGACAAGGAUGCAAGUCUAGCCGAGGACCUUUGCGGACAUAUCUCUUGGGAAUCUCUGAUCUUGACGAGCAUCACAGCCGGCAACCAGUGGGGGUUCCAGCACAAAAUGACACUAACGGACCACUAACAGGAAAGAUGGCGGGGUAGGCAGAGGAUACUCCAGAAGACAGACCCCUGUGCAAUAGGCCGGCGAUUGGUAAAACUUCCUGGUCACCGAUCUCCGACCGUUGUUGUGGCCGACUGGUCCAUAAUUUUGUCUUGGCCAUUUGGGGGGGAAGAACUGUGCCGACAACGGUUGCAGAAAAAUUCGGAGUUGUCCAUUUGCCUAUUUUGCCCAUUCCUCAGCAUUGCCAACUCUCAGCAGCACCAGCCGCUCAUCUGCUUCCCCCACAGGACCCGUCCUGCCACCGUCCUGCCACCGCCAGCGACAACAUCACCAGCUGCAGCGAUUUUGGAAGAAAGAGCCGCUCUCGAUCCCUUCCGGCGACCCCACCCAUACACAAACGACAGGCUGCGGCUUUAUCGCGAGGAGACAGAUUGUUUGGGGCUUUUGCGGUUCUGUGGUUCAGUGGUCCCGCUGUGACCCGGCAGCGCACCUCCAAGAAAGAAGCUCUCUUUUUUUUGUGCUGUUUGCAUUGCGUCACCGACUUCUGCUGCUGAAUCCUGCGGCGCAGAAGCUUCAACACCACACGCUCGACCACUCUCCACCCCUCGAUUCUUUUCAGUCUUCACCCUGGCUCUCGAUCUAGGAGCGACGGGAGCCGUGGCUUCCCCAAUGGCCCAGCCAAAUGUCGUACCCGAAGAGGACUACGACUAUGAAGCCCUCCCACCCAACUUCUCGUUGUUGCAGAACAUGGCUGCCGGCGCCUUUGCCGGCAUCGCCGAGCACUGCGCAAUGUACCCUAUCGAUGCAGUGAAGGUGAGCCGAGCUCCGCCGUUAUCGACUUGGUAUCGCGACUUUGACCUCUAACCUUUCUCUGGCGUACAGACUCGAAUGCAGAUAGUCAACCCAAGCGCCGGCUCGGUCUACAGUGGAGUCUUCCAGAGCACUUACAAGAUGGCGAGCACAGAAGGUAUUCUGAGCUUGUGGCGGGGCAUGUCCAGCGUAAUUGUCGGUGCCGGUGAGUUGCGGUCGAGUCUUGCAAAAGCUCUCUGGAGAUUGAACUAACCUGUCGGCCGCCAACAGGCCCCGCGCACGCUGUUUACUUCGCCACAUAUGAAGCUGUAAAACAUGUCAUGGGCGGGAACCAGGCUGGCGUCCAUCAUCCACUUGCUGCUGCGACCAGUGGGGCGUGCGCCACGAUUGCUAGCGAUGCGCUAAUGAACCCCUUUGACGUCAUCAAGCAAAGAAUGCAGAUCGCCGAGUCGGCCAAGCUCUACCGCUCCAUGACCGAUUGCGCCAAAUAUGUUUACAAGAACGAGGGCAUCAAGGCCUUCUAUGUCUCGUACCCCACGACGCUUUCCAUGACGGUUCCCUUUACGGCGCUUCAGUUUCUCGCGUACGAAUCGAUCUCGACCUCGAUGAACCCGACAAAGGCAUAUGACCCAUUCACUCACUGUGUGGCUGGUGCGGUUGCGGGUGGUUUUGCGGCGGCCUUGACCACGCCCAUGGACGUGAUCAAGACCAUGCUCCAGACACGUGGCAGCGCACACGAUGCUGAACUCAGAACCGUCAAUGGCUUCAUGGCUGGUUGCCGCCUUUUGUUCAAACGCGAGGGUGCCAAGGGCUUCUUCAAAGGCGUCCAACCAAGAGUGUUGACGACCAUGCCGAGCACCGCUAUCUGCUGGUCAGCCUACGAGGCUUCCAAAGCCUACUUCAUCCGUCAGAACGACUCGGCCUCCGAGUCCUCCACAUAAUGUGGCCGCUCAACCGAUGCGUCUGCUUAUUCUGUUAGCUAGAACAAGCUUAUUUGCUCGCAUCUGAGGAUCAAAAGAGCUACAUCCAUGUUAGCUCCUCGCCCAGCUCGUGUCUACAUAUGAAAUGAGCUGUGUUUACUUGAGGAGAAAUCUGUAAGAAUUUUGAUGCAACCCGUGUGUGAGACCCACGAUGGUCGAGGCGAGUUAUGGGGGAAACUGGCCGAGACCGGAUGAGGCACUGAACCACAAGCAAGCGUGCGCGCGGGGCUAUAAGCAUUUUGUACAUAUAAUCCCUCUCCUGUCAUCGCUUCUGCCAC